GAUAGAUCGAUAAGUGGUACGACGUGGACCGCACGCCGGACAAACGCAUCACGUGUUGAUAAGGUUAAUCAACGGCGAUAACGCGCCGCGUUAUUCAGCAGUCCGUCGCAAGCAGUCGCAGAGCGAGUUUAAGCUACUAGGAAUGUCCGAUCACGCUAACGGAGAUGACGCGGAUGACCUCCAUGAAGCGAAUGACUUCGUGCCCAUCCUGACACCCACCGUCGAUAUUUCACCGAGAUUAAAGACCUUGGCCGCUCACUUCGUCUGCAAAUACAACGUGGAGCCUUCCUUUUUCGCCCGAGUGCCAGGAAGAGUGAAUUUGAUAGGCGAGCACAUUGAUUACUGCGGAUAUGCCGUUUGUCCAAUGGCCAUCGAGCAAGACAUACUUGUGGCAGUGGCAGUGUCGAAUGAUAACGACAUUCAUCUCACCAACGUAGAUCCCGUAUACAAGGACUUUCGAUGCAGUUUCGAGGACGUGGGAUCCCGUAUUAGUGAUAGCGACAGCGGACCGGCCUGGUACAAAUAUUUUCUGUGCGGUGUAAAAGGAGCACUCGAGGUAAUCCCAACAGAGUCCGUUCCUUCGGGAAUCCUCGCUGCGGUAUGGGGCAACAUACCUCCUAAUUCCGGCGUUUCCAGUUCUAGCGCGCUUGUCUCAGCCGCUCUCCUUUCGAUCGUGCAUGCCAGUCAGUAUCAAUUGUCAAAACGUGAAUUGGCGACAAUCAGUGCUCGAGCUGAGAGACAUAUCGGCACUCAAGGAGGCGGGAUGGAUCAGGCUAUCGCUUUUCUUGGAAAAGCAGGCGCGGCCAAGCUGAUAGAAUUUGAUCCAUUACGUGCCACCGAUGUAACAUUACCCGAGAAUGCAGUAUUUGUAAUAGCACAUAGUCAAGCUUAUCACAAUAAAGCUUCGUCGGCCGACUUCAAUCUUAGAGUUAUGGAAUGCAGGCUAGCUGCACAGAUGAUAGCUAAGAAAAGAAAUAUGGAUUGGGAACUCGUACGAAGAUUAUUUGACAUCCAAGAAUGCCUCAUCUAUGACCUAGACGAGAUGGUUGACGUGGUAAAGAUGAACCUGCACGAAGAACCGUACACGCUUGACGAGAUCUGCGAAGCUCUCAAUACGAACUACGAACAACUCAAGGAGACAUCUCUCAUCGGUCCCGUUAAUGCUUCGCAAACGUUUAAGCUGUAUCAACGAGCUCUGCACGUUUUUCAAGAAGCCAAUAGAGUGCUUGAGUUCUGCCGCAUAAACGAUGAAGAUGGCAUAAAGGAACACGAGAAGCUUCAACAGCUCGGCAGCCUGAUGUCGGAGAGCCACGCUAGUCUCCAUAAACUGUACGAGUGCAGCCAUCCAAAUGUGGAUGCACUCGUCGAGAAAGCUAUACAUUGCGGUGCAUUCGGUGCUAGACUCACGGGAGCUGGUUGGGGUGGUUGCAUCGUGGCCAUCAUCAGUAAAAAUGAAGUUGAGCGAUUUGUGAACGCUCUCCGAAUAUAUCUCUGUCAGAAUAGUACAAAGGACGAAGCGGAGCUCAAGGAUAUGGUAUUUCCGACGGCACCGAACCAGGGUGCUGUCAUUUACACUGUGUCAACACUGCUCUGAAUCGUAAAGCCUGCGUUGUGAUAAAUAUAGUGGCACCCUUUGGCCCGCGACGUCAUGGCGUCCCUUUAUUGACAUUCCAUUAUUUUCUCCACCUCGCUUUAUUCUACAUUUCUCUUUUUAUUCUGCUUGCUUCGUCUUCUACCAAAAAUUUUAAUUGACAAAAGUAUGCUAUCUGUAGCGUGCCUUUAGUAUUGAGGCUCGAAACCGAACCCACCACUUAAACGGAUAUCUUUCGGAACGUUGCUUCUUGCCAUGUAAUUGCUGUACAUACACGAUGAAUCCUGUUCGAGUCAUGGGAUCAAACCUACAAAAAAAUGUCGAGUGUCGAGUGUCUAACCAAAAUCUGAUCCCCAACAUAGUUUAAUUAUGUUAGAAACUAAAAUGUUAGCUUUUGUUUUUCUGCAUAUAGUUACACAUAAUUAUCACGCACGAAAAGCUUCGUUAAAAAAUUUGUAGACUCAUUAUUCUGAAUGAAGAAUGCAAGAAUUGUGGCUUAAAUAUAUCUGUACAUUUUUUGCAUUAAAUAAAUAUUAAUAAAAAAGUCAUGGUAAAA